UUAGUUCACAUUUGAAAGCGUUCGCUCGUCUAAGAUACUUCAAAGGCAAUAUGUUCUCUCAGAGUCUGUCCCUCGUGACCAUGCUGAUGGCGGUGUGCUCAGGUCACAUUGGCGGUGAAGUCUCUCUGCAGGACGUCAGCCCUCAGGUGUACUGUGGGAAGUCGCUGGCCAACGCGAUUGCACUGUUUUGUUAUGACGGCAAUGAUGAGUACAAACGGUCUGAAACCGGCAGCGUAUAUAACUCAAUCCUGCCCCCGUAUUACAAAGAAAGGGACAACCAACUUGGCUGGCCGUGGAUGACGUCACAGAGGGCUCGGAGCAUGACCCUCCCUUCCAGAGGCAAGCGCGAACAUAUUGUGAACGAAUGCUGCUACAAGGCCUGCAGUGUUAACGAACUCAUGUCCUACUGCCAGAAUUGAGAUUUCACAAAAUUGGAGUAUACUUGUAUACUUGUAAUAGUACAAUGAGUAUGAAAUGAUUACUUUUCGACUAUAGUUUUGCAGGAUUUGUAAAUGAUGUGAUUGUUAUCGUUACAGAUUUUUUUGUUUUAUUUUUUUAUUGUUAAUUACCAAUACGGGUUGCGUUGUGAUAUUUUAUUUAAGUACUUAACGAUUUUUUACAAUGUUGAAAUUACGCGAAAAAUAUAACUUUUAAUGUUGCACUG